CCUGCGCUGCUGCUGCGUCCAUUAUCACCGUGAAGAACCGAGGAACUGCGGCGGGACUCCGCGACAACAGCAGGCCUGAGCGCCGGGGUGUAGCGGAGGAUGAGAGCCGCCGCCAGGACGGAGAGCCGUCCGGAGCCGCCGCCGCUGAACCCCGGAGGAGGCGACAUGACUGCGGAGUAAACAGGCGAAAGGACGCCGCUGCGUCUGUCGCGGCUCACAGUCGGGAUGUCUGGCCCGGCCGGACCUGCAUCGCCCGGUUCGGAGCCGGAGCUGCCGGACCUGAGCCACCUGACAGAGGAGGAGCGGAGCAUCAUCCUGUCGGUGAUGGAGAGACAGAAGAAGGAGGAGGAGAAGGAGCAGAGCAUGCUCAAGAAGUUACAUCAGCAGUUUGAGAUGUACAAGGACCAGGUGAAGAAGCUGGGGGAGGAGCCUCAAGCAGCUCAAACGGCGAGGGCAGAGUCUCCGACAUGCGGCAUCUGUCGCAAGACGAAGUUCGCUGACGGUUGUGGGCGAGCCUGCUGCUACUGCCAGAGUCGCUUCUGUGCCCGCUGUGGGGGGCGUGUCCCUCUGAGAGCCAAUAAGGUGAUGUGGGUUUGUAACGUGUGCAGGAGGAAGCAGGAGAUUCUUACUCGCUCGGGGGAGUUUCACUCCAACACACUGUCUGUCGACCACACCUCUCAUGGGGUUCCACACCCAUCAAUGCAGGGGUCGCCGAUGGCCACGGGGCCCCUGAGCAAUGGAGCCACUGAGCGGAGGCGGAGCCCCUCAGGGUCAUAUUAUGAUGGUGGGGGGGGCAGGAUGCUUCACUCACCCUCCGACCUCGGUCUGGACUGCCGUGUUCGCUCGCCACAUGGCUACCAUGGCAGUGGGGAGGAGGAUCUGCGGAGCCGGAGGCGACCAAUCAGAGAUGGACGGGGCCGCUGGCACUCACAGGACCAUCCUCUGGACCAGGUUCUGGAUGAGCGUGAGCUGCAGCGGCGGCAAGAAGAGGAGUUUCAGGCCCGUUACCGUAGUGACCCAAACCUGGCUCGUUACCCGGUGAAGCCACAGCCGAGUGAGGAGGCCAUGAGGAUGUUAGCUCAAGUUGGCAGGGUCCGCCACCAACGUCGCCACAGUGAUGUCUCCCUGGCAGCCGCCGAGCCCGACCACUUGACCCUGAGACACACAGCUCUCCAUCAGAAUCGGCCUCAGGGAUUGGUCGGAUCUGGAGGUCAGAGGUCAUUCUCUGUGGACCGGGCAGCCAAUCAUGCCAGCCCCACUUCUCCCCGCCGCAGUCCGUUAUUGCAGCAACACCUGGACCCGAGUUCCGCCCACAAGAGGAAGCCAGCCAAUGAGAGCACAGCGCAGAGGGCACGGAGGAUGGGGAAGAUGCAUGUGAUUGGUAGCUUCAGCAGCUCUGAGGAGGAUCUAGUGACCACACCUGAGUACACCAGCUGUGACGAGCCUGACAGAGACAUGGACAGCCAAUGGUGGGAUCAUGGUUCCUGGCAUGGCGAGCCUGCGCCCAUGUCUAUGCAACCAGUCACAUGGCAACCAUCCAAGGAUGGAGAGCGUCUAAUUGGUCGAAUUCUGCUGAACAAGAGGAUGAAGGAUGGGACAGUUCCCGCGGAUACAGGGGCGCUGCUGGGACUCAAGGUUGUCGGUGGGAAGAUGACGGAGUCCGGUCGUCUCUGUGCAUUCAUCACCAAGGUGAAGAGAGGAAGUCUGGCUGACACCGUGGGACACCUGAGACCAGGUGAUCAGGUUCUGGAGUGGAAUGGUCGGGCUCUUCAGGGAGCCUCGUUUAACGAAGUAUAUAACAUCAUCCUGGAGUCCAAACCAGAACCACAGGUGGAACUGGUGGUGUCCCGACUCAUCGGAGAUGUUUCCAGAACAACAGAGAGCUCCCAUGUCCAGCUGGACUCCAGUUCCAGUUCCUUCGACUCUCAGAAAAUUGGUCCGUCCAUCUCUGUUACAUCUCCCAUGAGCCCCAGUAUGCUGUCCGGACAAGUCUCUGUGAAGCUCUGGUAUGAUAAAGUCGGUCAUCAGCUGAUCGUCACGGUUCUUGGAGCCAAAGAACUUCCUGUCCAAGAUGACGGCCGACCCAGAAACCCCUAUGUCAAGAUCUACUUCCUGCCAGACAGAAGUGAUAAGAGUAAGCGGAGGACGAAGACAGUAAAGAAGUCGGUGGAGCCUCGUUGGAACCAGACUUUCAUGUACUCUCCGGUCCACCAGCGGGACUUCAGAGAACGGAUGUUGGAGCUGACGGUCUGGGAUCAGGCCCGGGUGCGGGAGGAGGAGAGCCAGUUCCUGGGAGAGGUGCUGAUAGAACUGGAGUCGGCUCUGUUAGACGAUCAGCCUCACUGGUACAAACUGCAGCUUCAUGAUGUUUCCUCUUUGCCGCUGCCCAGUGCCUCCCCCUACCUGCAGAGGAGAGGACUGCAGCCUGAACACAGUCAGCCCAGCAGGAGGCUGCAGAACAAAGGUCCUUACUAUAACUCAGGGUCUCAGAGGAUCAGUGACAGUGAGUUUUCAGAUUACGACUGUGAAGACGGCAUCGGGGUGAUUUCAGACUACAGACAGAACGGGCGAGACUUCCACAGUUCCACCCUCUCAGUGCCGGAGCAGGUGAUGUCGUCCAAUCACUGCUCUCGAUCGGAUAUGGUCAGGAUGAGGUCUCGGUCACCGAGCCAACCGCCUCCUCACAGGUAUAGUCGGGGGAUGGACCGGCGGGAUUACUAUAGUCGCUCUCGGUCAGCUGACCAGCGAGCGAUGGUGGACCGACCCGUCUACACACGCUCGCACUCCACGGACCGAGCUGACUCUGUCCACCUGAGGCCCAGACGCUCUGCCCCCUCCUCACCUGCCCUUACCAGGGCUAACCCUCGAGGCGGAUCUACCCAGACGAGUCCAUCAGGAACGCCGGUCUGCAGCCGCCGAGGACGCCAGUUGCCUGCUGUCCCGCCCAAAGGAGCUCUGGACAGAACUGUGAUGAAGGAUCCAUCGAAGAUGAGGGACAGCCUGUCCUUUAAAUCAUCAGACAGUGAUGUCAGUGAUGUAUCGGCCAUGUCUAAUGCCUCCGACACUCGAUCUAUCCGCAGAAUCAGUCGGGCUGAGGCUCUAGAAGGCCAAUCAGUGGAGUUGGUGGCGGGAACACAGGAAGUAGCAGCAGAAGGCGGAGCCUCGUUGCAGAAGACCGAAUCAGUGGAGGAGGGAGAGGAGGUGGAGGAGCAGCCUGAGCCUCCAAAGCCGGCGCCAGCAUCUGGAGCUCCUCUCACAAAGUCCUCAAGUGUCGGUGGAGAAAUCUGUUCGCUGGGGAGAAACGAUGAUGAUGACGAUGAGAAGAAAAGACGCUCGAGCUUUGGAGCGAGGAUGAUGGGAAUGGUCGGACUGGGAAAGAAGAGUCAGAGCGCCUCCCAGCUCAACCCUGAGGAGGAGGAGAAGAAGAAAAAGGUGAUCAGACUUCCUGUCCAAAGGAGUGUAGAAACCGGUUUGGCUGUUGAGUUUAAAUCUCGUUUUACUCGACAGCCGAGUCGUGACCCCGACGCCGAGGACCCCAAACCUGGAGCUUUGAUAUUUCCAGGAGUGAAAUUGGCAUCAGACCAACAGUUCACUGGCUUCCUAGAGGGAUUAGGCCCCGCCCAGCUGGCUGGACGACAGACUCUGGCCACGCCCCCCAUGGGUGACAUCCAGAUCGGGAUGGUGUACAGAAAGGAGCGCCUGGAUGUGGAGGUGAUUCGAGCCCGGGGGCUUGUGGGUAAACAAGGCAACAAGAACACUCCAGCUCCCUACGUGAAGGUGUAUCUGAUGGACAACGGGAAGUGUGUGUUGAAGAGGAGAACUCGUCUGGCGAGAAAAACACUCGACCCUCUUUAUCAACAGCAGCUCCAGUUUGAGGAGAAUCCAGAGGGGAAAGUCCUGCAGAUCAUCGUGUGGGGGGACUACGGUCGGAUGGAUCAUAAAUCCUUCAUGGGCGCCGCUCAGAUUCUAUUGGAUGACCUGGACCUAUCAAACAUGGUGAUUGGUUGGUUUAAACUGUUUCCUGCCACCUCAUUGGUGGACCCUGCCUUGGCCCCACUGACCAAUAAAGAAACGGAGGGCGGCAAGUCGUAGUGUCAAGAGGUGGGACUGACUUUACCAUCAUAGUAAUGGGCCAAGAGGGAGGAGGAGGGGACAAGUUGUUGCCGGGCGGGGCUGAAAGAAGUCCCAUGAUCCUCCUAUGCUGUUGCAUGCUGCAUGAUGACAUCACAGCAAUGAUGUAACAGUGUCAUGAUGAUGUCACUAGGAGGAGUAGGGAGGCCCCGCCCUCUGACGGUGACACGGAAAAAGACCCUCUCACUGAGGGUAGAGCUACGCAGCAAAGGAUGCUCGGAAAAGAAAAGACAGGAGAGGCUAUGUGACCUCCAGCUGCCAGCCAAUCACAGCAGCUCCUCAGGAGUCAUGUGACUGUUUGAAGCAUGAGUUUACAUGGAGAUGCAGGAACACGAAGGUCUGGUUCUUUAUGUUUUUGCAUGGAACGAUUAAAAGAUUAGAACAUAAAAAACAUCAACUGUGAAAAAUUUAAAGAACAUGAGAACAUCGCCUGAAAAAUAAAAAAGAU